CCUUCUAAGAAUCAUAUGGAGGGAGAGAUGAAGGGUAUGACUGAAAAAGAAAUCUCAGUGAGAGUCACUCGCCUGGCGAAGAAGAGGACAGCUGAUGCAAUGGUUGGAGAUGAUUCUCAUCUGCAAUCACCCGCUAAUAAGAGAACCCCUCUCAUUGAGAUUUCCCAUUUUAGUAUUCCUUCCACUAAGGAUCUGGGUAUGGAGCUUCCGAAGCUAAAAUGCAGAACCAAGGGGAAGAAUAUGAAGAAUGUACGUGAAAUUGAAGUGAAGUUUGAUGAUUCUCAGAUUUGCGAUGGUUAUGUAGCUGAUAUCUAUGAUUAUCUUCAUAACAUGGAGAAAGAGGCAAAGAGAAGGCCACUGCAAGACUAUAUUGAGAAGAUACAAAAAGAUGUGACUGCAAACAUGAGAGGGGUUUUGGUGGAUUGGUUGGUUGAGGUUGCAGGAGAAUACAAGCUUCAAUCUGACACACUUUAUCUUUCAGUUAGUUACAUUGACAGAUUCUUGUCUAUUAAUCCUAUCAAUAAACAGAGGCUACAGUUACUUGGUGUUUCUUCUAUGCUCAUUGCAUCAAAGUUUGAAGAGAUUAAUCCUCCUACAAUUGAUGACUUCUGCUACAUCACAGACAACACUUACAGGAAAGAAGAUUUGGUGAAGAUGGAAGCUGAUAUACUCAAGUCACUUAAAUUUGAAGUGAGUAGUCCAACAAUUCUGACAUUCUUGAGAAGAUUGGCCAGGAUUUCUGAAGAGGAUUGCAAAUAUCAAAAUUUGGAGUUUGAGUUAUUGGGAUGUUAUUUGGCAGAGUUGAGUUUAUUGGACUAUUACUGUUUGAAGUUUUUACCAUCAAUGAUUGCUUCUUCUGUUGUAUUCCUUUCGAGGUUUAUAUUCCACCCUGAUAAACAUCCAUGGAAUGCAAAACUUGAAAAGUAUUCAGGAUACAAAGCUGCUGAUUUAAAAGAAUGUGUUGUCCUUAUACAAGACUUGCAGUUGGCUAAAAGAGGAGGUUCUUUUGUAGCAAUUAGAGAGAAAUACAAUAAGCAUAAGUUCAAACAAGUUGGGUUGAUAAAAUGCCCUCUUGAAAUACCCAGUUUAUUCUUUGAAGAAAUGAGAGUUACUGACAACUGAUUUUAAAGUGGCUGAAGGCUUAAUAUGAAGUCUUCCUUAUAUUAGAUCUAUUUAGCUAUCUGGUAUCAACCUGAGCUGACUGACCCAUAAACCAAGUUUUGUAGUUUAGGAUUUCUAGAAGACAUUAUUUACUC